UUUGAAGUGGCGAUGAGAUCCAUCAUUACAUGAUGGUGCUGACUUGCUAAAAACGUUUGCAUAUAAUUUAAGUGUGAGAUAAUGAGUUUUUACCUAUAACUCCUGAAAUUGCCCUAAGUAGUUCCUUAACUUUGUCUGAAUUGUUGCUGAAAUGAAAACAGCACUUCCAAUUUUAUUGACUAGGCCACAAAAAAGACAACCUUCAAAGUACUGCAGAAUUUAUUUAUAUAUAAUGUGUAAAGUUUAUUUGAAAACUUUAUGAAGAACAGAAAUAGAUAAAAAGAAAAUAACUUUAAAAAGAAAGUUUAUUUGAUUACAUUUUGUUGCGUAAUUAUGUCAUCCAACAACGAAGCAAAGCAGAAGUCCAGUGAAAGCACGGUUACCCCUUUUCUGAAGAAGAAGAGAGAAGAUUUUCAUUUUGGGAAAAUUUUAGGUGAAGGGUCUUAUUCAGAGGUUGUACUGGUAAGAGAACAUGCUACCCAGAAAGAAUAUGCUAUGAAAAUCUUAAUAAAGCAACACAUUAUCAGGGAGAAAAAAGUCCCAUAUGUUUCACGAGAAAAGGAAGUAAUGAAAAUGACGAAUCACCCAUUCAUUGUUAGAUUGUAUUUUACAUUUCAAGAUAAAGAAAAUCUAUAUUAUGGCUUAAGUUAUGCAAAAGGUGGAGAAUUACUUCAAUAUAUUAUUAAGCUUGGUUCAUUUGAUGAGGAAUGCACACGGUUUUAUUCUGCUGAACUUAUUGUUGCCUUGGAAUAUUUGCAUGGUCUUGGAAUUAUACAUAGGGAUUUAAAGCCUGAAAAUAUAUUGCUAAGUGAAGAUAUGCAUAUAAAAUUAGCAGAUUUUGGAACAGCAAAGAUUUUGAAUAAAAACGAUCCUACUUCUAAAGGUGAAAAAGCAAAUUCCUUUGUUGGAACAGCCCAAUACGUUUCACCAGAACUUCUGUCAGAGAAAGUUUGUUAUAAAAGUUCAGAUUUAUGGGCGCUAGGCUGUAUAAUAUACCAGCUGCUGGCCGGCAGACCACCGUUUAGAGCAGCAAAUGAAUACCUCAUAUUUCAAAAGAUUAUCAAAUUAGAAUAUACGUUCCCAGAAGGAUUUCUUAUAGAACCCAAGGAUUUAGUGUCUAAUCUAUUGGUGUUAGAUCCUAAAAAAAGAGUUGGAUGUGACGACAUGGGAGGAUACGAAACUUUAAAGUCACACGCUUUUUAUAAAGGUGUGGAUUUCGAAAAUUUGCAUAAAACUGACCCACCGAAGUUAAAGCUAUAUUUACCAUCAAAUGAUCCAGCUCAGCCAGCAUUCUCUGAAGAAGUUGAUAUUUCCACCUUAAUGGAUAAAGAUGAUGACUUAGACGAAUGGGAGUUAGAGCGUUUCAAUAUAACAGAGCAUAAAAAUUACACUACAAAAACAGAGACAGAGGCAGAGAAACAUAAGGCAGACUUGGAAAAACAGAAAAGAGAAUCUAUAUGGCAUCCGUUUGUUGAUGGGCAUUUAAUUUUAAAGAUGGGAAUAAUAGACAAGCGAAAGGGUUUAUUCGCAAAAAGACGACAGUUUCUGCUCACUGAAGGUCCAGAACUUUAUUAUGUAGAUCCACAUGCAAUGGUUUUAAAAGGAAAAAUACCCUGGACUAAAGAGUUAAGACCAGAAGUUAAGAACUUUAAAAUAUUUUUCGUGCACACGCCCCAUCGUACAUACUAUCUCGAAGAUCCGGCCAGUCGUGCAACUGAGUGGGUAAAAAUGAUAGAAGAAGUUCAUAAGCGUUACUUUAGUACCAAAAAAUAAUUGGAAACGUUAUAAAUUGCACUGUUAUAAACGUGCAUUUAACGAAGUGGUUUCAAGAUGCUCGAAUCAGAGCAAUGAGGGAGGUAUUAGGUCCAUCAACUUCGAUGUUUCGGCGGUGAAAAGGAUGGACAGAUAUCUCAUAUAUAACUUGACUUAGUAAUUUACAAAGGCUUAAAGCAAACUUACACGAUAUCUAAAACGAUCUAGAAUCGAAAUUAAAGGGGAAUAUUUGUUCGGUACGAAUGCGUUAAUUCGAAUGCUGUGAAUCGGCCCUUUUUAUGAUUUUCUGGUGUAUAAUUCGAAAAAACUCAUUAAUUUGAA